AGUGACCGUGGCCCUUCCACAGGGAAAGAACCAGAGUCCUGCCCCCGUCCGCAGCACCAGAAGACUCCGUAGCACCAGAGCACCCCCUACCACCAAGACCUCACCAAAGACCCCCGCAACAGACCCACUCGAGCCUUACCCUGAAACGACCAUGGAGACGACUACCACCAUGGCUCCCAUGGUGAUUGUGACCAAAUUGUCCAACAAAUACACCCAGAUUUACUUGGUCGCCGCCAUGGUCAUGCUGUUGGCCAUGCUGCUGAUGCCGUUCAUCACCUGUUACGAGUCCAGACUGAUCAGGUUCCCAUCCUGCCUGCAGAUGCUGAGGAUCAGGUUCCCAUCCUGCCUGCAGAUGCUGAGGCUCAAAAAGCCAUCACCACCACCACCACCACCGCCUAAGGAGAAAGUGCGCGGGCCGCAGUGUCCCAUCAUGAUUUUCCCUUGCUGUGGAUGCUCCAGAAAUAGCUGCUCAAGGCACACGGAGGGCGAGCAGGACCACCUGUGGUUUCUUAUUAAUCAAGAUUGUGAACCAGUGCAAACGAUGAAGCCCUCGUCCGAGAUGGGGAGGUGCCUCUCCACUCCAGCAGAGAUCCCAGGCAUGCCGAUGGUCUGUCCUUCCCCAUCUGCCCACAGUGUUGCCGCUCUCUGCCCUCCUACUCCCAGCCCUCCAGGAUGCUGCCACUCAUCCCUCCCAGCUCCUGGGCACUCCCUGCUUGCCCUUUGGUAGCCCUACCCCCAAAGCCCAAAAGCUGAAGUGCCAAGCAGUUAAGAUGGUUAAGCUUGCUGAGCUGGACCCACAGUUUACAGUCAAUGGUGCUGGCAUUUAUGCUGAUUAUUAAAAGAGUUCAU